CUGCAAAAAAAAAAAUGGUAACUAAAAAUGCAAAUUUCAUGCAUUGUGAUUAUAUAUAUGUUUGCUAGUUUCCUUCGUAUAUAGAAAUAAUAAUUAGGACAUCUUAUAACUAAAGUAUAAUCCAAUAAAUGACCUUAUGUGGAUCGAUAAUAAAUUUCAGACAAAGCUUUUAUUUUCGUUAGGUUUUAGUGCCUUGGCAAUGCAACCAUGCUCCCUUUGCUAAUUGAACAAAAUUCUAGGUGGGAAAUUGACAGAUGACGGCGCAACAGUCAAAAAUCGAAUGUUGUCAUUUCAAGAUAUAGUUUGCAUAAUUGUCCAAUAGUUAGAGUGUGGUUAAUACAUGAAUUGUUUCAAGUGUUUUUAAAUUAAUCGAAAUAAUAAUUUAUAUGUUAUUAAAAACCGCAACUAAGUUACUACGUCGUAGCAUUAAAAAACUCGGAGAAGUAAUAAAAAUUUUGAGGAAUAACUUGUAGAUUCUGGAAUUUCACAUGAAUUGCAAUUAAAGUCAAUUGUAGGUUCGGAAAAAUUUAGUGGAAAAAUAGAGAACAUAAGCGAAUUGCGGCAACAACAAAAUCAACAGUUCUCGGCUACUUACAAUUGAUACUUCCUUUGUGAACGUGUGACCAAUAAAAUUCGCCAUCACGACGCAGUACGCAUUUUUAACCGUUAAACACAUUAUUUGUGUCUACAAGGUGAAGAAAAAAUUCAGCGAACCAGUGAACAAUACGUAGAAUACACGCGACCACAAGCAUUCAGCAUAGAGAAGAAACAACCAACGUCGAGUCACCACUAGCCAUAGCCGCAUACGCCGUGUAGUACCAUUUGACACUGCAACGACGCUCUAACACACACAAAUCCGCAUAUAUAAGCGCCUACACAUACACACACACACAGACAAGAUGCCAGUGCAGUCUCCUAUUGCAAUCAGCAAUCGCGCUAUUGAACAUAUCGACGAUGUUGAUCCGCUGGAAUAUCAUGGCCAUUGGGAGCCAGUGGGCAUAGCACGCGUCCAAAAUACCGGCACCUCGGCGAUGGUGACAUUCGCCAAACGCCAACAACAGCCGUACAUUAAGGGUGGUUGCUUGCAUGACAACAAAUAUAUAUUUGAGCAGCUACAUUUCCAUUGGGCGGACACGGACGAGUCGGGCUGUGAGCACACGCUGGAGGGUGUUAAAUACUCGAUGGAGGCGCAUGCCGUACACUACAAUGCCAAGUAUAACAAUUUUGCUGAGGCCAAGAAUAAACCAGACGGUUUGGCGGUGGUGGCUUUCUUUAUACAGGCAUGCGGUGGCAAAGAUUGUCCAGAGUUCAAGAAGAUCACUGAAGGCAUACGCAUCGUACAGAAGAUAAAUACGAACGCUUCGCUGGAUUCGGAUUGCUUGUCCUGGAUUGGUUUGCAGGAGCUAAGCAAACAUUAUUACACAUACAAGGGCUCGUUGACGACAGCGCCGUACUUUGAGAGCGUCACUUGGAUCAUCUAUCGUACGCCGAUAUACGUCUCCAAGGGGCAGGUGCAAGUAUUUCGCGAUUUACAAUCAUGUCCGAAGGAUGAAAGCAAGAAGAUAGUGAACAAUUAUCGCGAAAUUCAACAGCCACAUAAAGAUCCGGAAAUCUACUUCGCGCGCAAUGCCAAACCAAAGUCGAAAUUAUGAUCUGUUGCUGGGCAGCAAGAUUAGAUGGACAAACAUGAACACACGCAUCUUUACGUAUUUAUCAAAAAACCGACAAAGCAGAAGGAAUUGAAGUGUUAACUAAAUACAUAGCUUAAAAAGUCACUUCUCACGCAAAUAUAAUUUUACGAUGCAUGCCUUUAGUUGCAGUUAGGUUGGCACUUUCGAUGUACAUUCAACUCACACACACCUAUACAACGCUGUGUGCCUAAAUGUACAACCACCGACGCACUGGACUACACAACACACCUCUGUCACUUAGUCAUAUGUAUUUUAUUAAACACAUUGUUACACACAUACCUACUUAUGGUAUAUACUAUGUACGCAUAUUUGUAAUAAUCACCUCUAUAAGUAAAAGCAAACGUUAAUUCGUGCGGCGAGUAUAUAAAUGCACAAACAGCCAGAGGCAGCCUGCAGUAUGCUUAUGAGUUAUCGUUUAUCGGUUGUUGUAUAACUAAAUUCUUUGUACUAAUAAAUUAUGUGAUUUAUUGUUGCAAGACGAGGCGCUCAUCGUGUGCUAUCUCCGUGUAUUACUUACCUCUAACUCUAAAAUACUGAUAAAAUUUUCCUAAAUAAUUGAAUAUGCUACUUUUAUUUAAUAUUAUUAUAUUUAUAUAACUUGUGUAGGGUCUACAUAUGUAUAUGUAUGCAUAUAUGUGUAGCAGCAAGCAAAAGGGUGUAAAAAACAAAAAACAUUCCUCAUAGUUAAGGAUUUGCAAUAUGGAAUUUUGUUAGAAUUAAUCUUUGUUUUAUUAAAUGUGUGUGUAUGUGUAACAUACCAUUUCAUCACUGUUUGUAUGUAUUGUAUAAAGCUUGUUACGAGGAAUUGUCAUAUUUUUAUAUUAUAAAUACAAAAAAGCAAAUAACUUGUGCCGUUAGUACAUAAAUAUAUUUCCAAGAAAUAUAAAUAAAUGCAAAAGAAAAUAUUUAAUAUUAUAUAAAUAUAUAUGUAAAGUGGUCUAUUUAUUAGGGUGUGUUAAAAGUGCGUUAUAUCUUGGAAAAUACUGGAGGGCAACAAAUCGACAUCUACUAUAUAUUUGCGACUUAAGGAAACACCUAGUGUGAUCGCUUAAAUAAAGUUGAUUUUUGGAAAUUGUUUUUAAAGAAAACUACUGUUAAAAUUUUGAGAUAAUAUUUAUGCACCCUUAAUGAAUAUACAUAAAUAAUUUCAAAAAAAAAACAUAAUUUUUAGCGAGUUAUUCGCUAUUUAGCAAGUUACUAAUACCAAAAAUUGUUCCACUGCUUUAAUGAUUGCGCCCUUCGCCGAAAAAACAAUCGAAUAAAAAACAUUAUAAAUCUGUAAACAAUGAUUUAAGAUUAUUAAAAAAUGUAAAUUUAAAAAAAUGUGGAAUUUGCCCCAAAAUUAGUGAUUUUUGGUCCGCCAACAUUACACUUUUCAUAUUAUUAAGAAAGUGGAAAAUCAUUCUACGGAGAAAUAUAUACCACAUAAGCAGAAAUCAAGGGUAUCGGAUGAUUUGUUUUCGAGUUACAACCAAUUUGAAUAAUGUAAUUUUGAUACAACCGCGUUUAAAGAUAAACUGAUGGAGCUAAUUGUACUGAGCGGCUAUACUUUACAAAUCUAUAAUUCAAAAAUGUUUUGAAAUGUUCAUUAAAAUUUAGUAUGUUACUUUUAAAGGUAUAUUUCUAAGACUAACAAAAAAUGAAAAAACCAAAAAAAUUUUUUUUUUCGAAAUUUCCCACUGAGUGCGUGUGCCCUUAAAGAGUCUCUUUUAAAAGAUCAGUAUUUUAAUUUAACGUCUCUAACAACAAUAAAACUCAGCUCUGCAACAACAAAUACUAUGAGAUGUGUUAAGAAGCCUACGCUGGGCGUUAACGUGUUUGGACUUAGCCGACAGAAACUUCGCUAUUGGACUGAUCGAUAACUGAAAUAAAUAUGUAAAUGAAGAAAUCAGUUUUCUUUACUCAUUUACAACCGACUUCCAUCGCCUUGGAAAUUCGUCGAUUACGUUGAAAUUUACUUGACAUUGUGACUCCAUUAUUAAGACCUUUUUUUUUUUAUCAUCAACUACCUUCUUUCAUUUAAAAACGCAAUCAUAAUUAAAAUAAUUACCUGAAUAAAAUAAUAACCACACGAGAAGUAAAAGUUAAUCCUACAUGGCGCUCAACAGCUUCAUCAAUGCAUUCUCUCCGCCCUCCUCGGUCUCCACAGAGCAUCAUGAACAGGGUGGGGAGCGGCCUGGACUCUUCGUGCACAAUCGACGCAUAGUCUUGGAGUUGGUCAAUCAAAUAUUCGACAAUAAACGCGGCAAUGUGGAAUUAUCCUCGUCACAUUGCUCCAGCCUGGCAAAAAAGGCCUCCGAAUACAGUUAUGACAACCGGCUAAAAUACUGGAAGGAUAUGUUGGAGCAACGCAAACUUGUGCAGACGAACAUACAAGAGAAAACCGGUAAGACGCCGGCACAGGUGCUCUUCAAUCGCGCAGUCACCGUUGAUGAACGUGACAAACAGACCGUGCGUCGCUUAAUGGACUACGCCGAACGCUUGAAUCCAUUGACUAUAUUGCACCGGCAGGAAGCCAUAUUGCCAGAAUAUAUUGAUUGCAGCACCUGCCAGCAUGUGAAUGAAAUUCGUGAAACCUUACCGAAGGCAGAGCGUGAUGGCGAGAAGGUAGUCGAGAUCACCGGCUUGCCGUUGGUAACCAAGGAAGAGCUGUUGGGUAAACCGAAGGAACAGGGCGGACACAAAAAGUCCGAUUGGUUGAGAUCCAAAGUGUUGGAGGAGCGCAUCGAACGAAAGCGCGAGGACAUAGAACGUGUAAUUGAAUUCUAUCCGGAUAUUGAUAAACUGCAGAUUGUUGGUGAGAGUUUCAGCAAGAUGAAUACGUUGCGCCACAACGCAGACAUACAAUAUAUAGGUGAAGAAAAAAUACAUUUCAUCUCACAAGACUCAAUUUGUGAACCAACUGCGCAGGCAGCAUCCACUUCGGAGCCACCGCCACAACCCGAAUACAGUGUGCGGAUUAACGAUCAUAUUUUCCAACUAACCGAGAAGCGAAGCUCCAAAUAUGUUGAGCUAGAGGUGCGUUUCGAGUGUGAGCCCUUCGAGAAAGUUGUUAAGCGCGUCUUACAUCUGGAGAAUUUGGGCAAAAGGGUAUUGGGUUUCGAAUGGGUGCAUCGUCCAUAUUUUGAGAAAAAUGCCGGUCUACUGAAAGCCUACGAUGAUGAAUUCAUCUUCCAACAUAGACCAUUUCGCCUGACUUCAGGCGAAACCAUGGAUGUGGUAGUACAGUUUCAACCGCGUCGCGCCGACAUCACGAAACAAAAGUGGAUGCUAAAAAUCGAUCCACAAUUUUUCUGUCGCAAAAUGGAUGCUGUUGUGGUGCGUUUGAGCGGUAAGUGCAAACCGUCGACCGAAUAUAUUGCCAAAAUUCGAGCUGUCCAAACGGAGGUCUUGAAUAAAUCGAAUACGACAAUGGUGCGCCAAAUUUCCACACGCUUAGCCUCACUCACACCGUUGAUUAAGUUGCCCGAAGUGAUUUGCCCCUACAAGCGUACACUUACCGAACUGGAACUAUUCGAAUUCUACAAUCCCGGCUAUCGCUGCGAACGCUAUCACGACAUACAACUGCUCAAGGAGCUGUAUCAACGCUUAAAGAAGCCACGCGAGCCCGCUUGGGACUUGAGCAUUGAAACUUUGAAAGCCAUUAUCUUACGGCAGGAGAGCCCCGACAAGCGUGCACUGUACUUUGUGGAGAUGAUAAGUAUUUUAGAGGAGAUGCGUGGUAGACCGCCCAUAGACUUCGAUGAGAAAAUACUUGAUAAUACGGAACGUGAACGCACAUGUUAUGUGUAUGUGCGUGGCAUUAUCUCAACGGGCAUCGAUGAGUGGGAAGAGUUGACGCUCACCAUCGAGGAAGCCUUUUUAAAGGCGGCAUGGAAGGAGUACAUAGAUAAUUAUUCCAAAGCGUCAGAAGAGGGCGCGGGUGGCGAUGCUGAGCAUAUUGACGUGCUGCUAAAUGAACUCGACGAAGAAGAAAUCAAAAUGUGGCUGACUAAAGAGUUGCGUCAUCGCAAGGCGUUCCGUGACACGCUCUACAUGCAAACCUACACACAUGUGUGUAAUUUUAUCGAGGACAUUGUCUCGGUUAUUGAGAGCACAGACAUCGUUUAAGUUAUUUGGAGUUUUUAGUGUGGACUCAAUCUUAUUAUACAAAUGAUUCGGCGGUGGUUAACUAUUUGAAUAUGGCUCAAACGCAUAUGCGAUACUUAUAUGCCUAUAUGAGACUUGCGUAGGCAAUUAUGCCGAUUAUUUCUAUAAUUUUUGUAUAUUUUACUUAUAUAUACAUACAUAUAUAAUAAAAAGAGGUAAAUUUUGCAUUUCAAUU